AUGGAGGCGAUAUCACAAGCAAUCGCAAGAUUUACAAAGGUUCAGAAUAUCCUGAACUUGUUGACAUAUUUGAACCUGGCUACCUACUUAUGGCCGCAACCAGCUAACAUGGAUAUCAAAGGUGGUGAAUCGUUUGACUUUCUAAUCGUGGGAGGUGGGACAGCUGGAUGCAUUGUUGCGAGUAAUCUGGCGCAGAUGAAUGCCACCGUACUCAUUAUAGAAGCUGGCUGUCAACCGACCAUUGAUACUGAGAUCGCAGCAUUAUUCCCGUUCUCAAAAAACCGUGGCUUUGAUUGGAACUUCACAACAGUGCAAGAUCCUACUAAGAUAUACCAUCGAGGAGGAGUAACAGAAGUCGAACAAGGAAAAGUACUUGGUGGUUCAUCUAUACUUAACUACAUGAUCUAUGGCACCGGUAACUGCAAAGACUAUAAAGAUUGGGCAACCAUAUCUAAUGACUCUAGUUGGACUUACGACAGCAUUUUCCCACUAAUUAAAAGAACCGAAAAAGUAACUGAUAGACGUGUCCUUCAUUCACCUGAUGUAGCCUAUCACGGAACACAAGGAAAAAUUGCACUGAAAAAGUACCACACCAGCACAAACGAAGGACUCUACGAGUCCUACAAGGAGAUGGGAUAUAAAGUUUUAAACGAUAUCAACGCAAAGAAUCCUAUCGGAUUUACUCCUGCAUAUUUCACUAUUAGUGAUUCCAUCAGGCAGAGUACAGCUUACGGAUUUAUACGUCCUGAGAAAGAUAACCCUAAUUUGAAAGUUAUGUACAAAUCUUUGGUAAAAAAAGUCUUGUUUGACGAUAACAAACGUGCUAUUGGAGUGGAAGUACUAACAAAAGACAAGAAGACAAUCACUUUGUACGCAAAUAAAGAAGUUAUUGUUACCGCUGGACCAAUGAAAUCCCCUCAAUUGCUUAUGCUUUCUGGUAUCGGACCACAGGAUCAUCUGGAAAGCAAUCAAAUCAAAGUGAUUUCCAACUUGCCUGUAGGACAAAAUCUUCAAGAUCAUCCUACAAAUAUCAUAAUACACAAAAUGGGAAUGGUAGAACCUGAACCACCAAGAGACCCACACCAGUUUCCAGUUAAUGUUAUAGAUGGCAGGGUAGCCAUUAGUAAGUGCCAAAACCAUCCAGACUAUCAAGUUUUGUCUGGACUUAUGACAAACUCAACAUUUUUCUUAGAUAUCUGUCUCUUCACUUUUACAUUUACGGAAGAAGUUUGCGCCAGUAUUUUGGAACAAGUGUCUGAUCAUCAAGUCCACUUUAUCACGCAUAGACUUAUGUACCCUGAAUCUAGGGGAGAAGUGAGACUUAAUUCUACUAAUCCUGAAGACAAUCCUAUUAUUGAUCUUAAAUACUAUGCAAAUGAAAAUGACUUAAACAGACACGCGGAAUACAUUGCUCAUUAUAAUAAGAUUGUUGACACAACUUAUUACAAAAGUCUCAAUGCUUCCUUUGUGGACCCUAAACUGAAGUCGUGCGAUGGUUUAGAAGUGGGAUCGAAAGCGUACUGGAAGUGCUACACUAUUGGUAUGUCCACUACUUUACACGACUAUGUCGGAACCUGCGCUAUGGGUUCCGUAGUAGAUUCCAAUCUUCGAGUAAAUGGUGUUAAGAAUUUAAGAGUUGCUGAUUCUAGUGUCAUACCAAAACUAAUUGGAUCUACUGUCGAAGGAGCUGUCAUGAUAGUUGCGCAAAAAGCCGGCAACGCACUCGUAACUGCUUUGGCAUUGCGGGUGUCCAUGGACAGCGCUGAUUGCUUACCAUCAGAUGGAUCUGAGUUUGAUUUCGUAGUUGUAGGCGGUGGAAUGGCAGGAUGUCUGCUAGCUAGUAGGCUUGUGGAGACAGGACAAGCUAGUGUAUUACUUAUAGAAGCUGGACCAUAUCCACCCUUGGAGUCAGAUACAGUAGAUAUGACUGGAAUUUCACCUCAACUAAAGAUGGCAUAUCUGAAGAAUAUCACAAAGGCAAUGUAAUCCACAUGUCACAAGGAAAAAUGCUUGGUGGUUCUGGUUCUUUAGGCUUCGGAUGCUAUGGACGAGGAUAUCCACAUGAUUUCAAUAACUGGGCAAAGAUCACGAACGAUCUUACCUGGUCCUACAAAUCUGUCUCGAAAUCAUUCAAAAAGAUUGAAAAACUUAUUGAUAAAAGAAUCCUUAAAAUCAAGAAUUAUUACGGAACUAAAGGAAGAAUUGAAAUAACAAAACAGUAUUACAAAAGAAAUCGUCCAUAUUUCGAUGCUCUUGAAGAAAUGGGUUAUGAGUAUCACCUAGAUAUAAAUCCAGAUCAUCCCACUGGAUUCACAAAUGUUAUGUUUAGCAUAGGUGAUGAAUUGCGACAAACAACAGCUCAAAAGUACUUAAGACCUCUAAAACAUAACAAAAAAUUGCACCUCCUUAUAAACACUUUAGCUACCAAAAUUAUCUUCAAUGACAAUAAAACUGCAGUUGGCGUAGAAAUAUUGACUGAAAAUAAUGAUAAAAUUACAGUCCGAGCAAGAAAAGAAAUUGUAGUCACAGCUGGUACUAUCAAGUCACCGCAUCUACUGAUGCUUUCAGGCAUUGGACCGAAAAAGGAAUUAGAAGCUAAAAACAUCACAGUAAUAUCCGAUUUGCCAGUAGGAAAAAAUUUCCAAGACCACGUCAACAGUAUGUUAGUUUACAAAAUGACGAAAAGUUCUCAUGCACAAAGUCUUGGUGAUCCUAACAAAUAUCCGUAUGUAGUGUUUGUUGGCUAUCCGGCUCUCAACAAGUCACAAUGCUUCCCAGACUAUCAAACAAUUAACGCACAUUUUGGAGACAGCAUGACAUUUUUAGCCAUAUGUGCGUUUUUCUUUAGUUUCGAUAACUCAUUUUGCGAUUCAUUCAACGAA